AUGCCACAGAAAGCGCCGUCUGUGAUUGAUCGCUAUUACACACGGUGGUAUAAAACAGAUAUGAAGGGUAAACCAUGUGAAGAUCAUUGCAUCCUACAGCAUUCUAACAGAAUUUGUGUCAUCACACUUGCUGAAUCACAUCCGAUUCUUCAGGACGGACGUACAAUAAAAAAUAUCACCUAUCAGAUCAGCGAUGGAUGCAGUCGCCUUAAAAACAAAGUGUCUGGGAAGUCAAAGAGGGGCGGUCAGUUUCUCACAGAGUUUGCUCCUUUAUGUAGAAUAACAUGCACAGAUGAUGUGGAAUACACUGUCUUCAGCUGUAUCAGAGGUCGUCUCCUGGAAGUUAACGAGGCGAUACUAAAGAGGCCAAGUCUUUUAUUGGAAAAGCCUUCCACUGAAGGAUACAUAGCUGUCAUCCUGCCCAAAUUUGAGGAGAGCAAGAGCAUAACUGAGGGCCUUCUGACCAGAGCACAGUACGAGGAAGUUGUUUCUAAACGGACCAAUCACCAGCCAGACCUAUGCUGAGGUCACUGUUUACAGAACUUUAUACAUAAUAUCCCAGCAUUCUGAGGAUUGGCCAGAGACUCUUCAUUCCCUCUCUUCUCACUGUGAUGACUUCAUAUGGAUAUUCUGUAGAGACAGUCAGAGAAUGACCAUACUCAGUUUAACAUCCUCAGACUCUUUUGUGUAUACUUGAAGGCUGUUUUGUUUUGGCCCUUUGUUACUAGCAAAUAUUUACCUCAGCCUUAUUUGUUGAUUUUUUUUCCCCCCAACUUUAUUUUCAUAGCUGAUAUUUCCAAAUAUUGAAUGUAUCAAGAAGACUAAGGAAGUAAGGAAGGCAUGAUACUGAAUAUGUGUGAAAUCACUCAUUUGGAUGUAAGUUUGAUUUAGUUUCAGAAUGACAGGAGACUGCAGUAUUACAAAUAUUGUCCACAGGUGACAAGUGUUCAGUGAGGGGGG